AUGUGGACAUGUGGGACGAGUGCCAAGCCUGAUUCAAGUGGGAUAAGUGCGACGCGUGAGACAGGUUGGGCAAGUGGAACACAUAGAACGUGUGUCACGCAUGAUACAAGUGGGACACGUGGUACAAGUGGAAAACGUGAGACAAGUGCGGCAAGUGAGACACGUGCGAAAAAUGGUACACGUGGGAUAAGUGAGACACGUGGGACAGGUUGGGCAAGUGGAACACAUAGAACGUGUGUCACGCAUGAUACAAGUGGGACACGUGGUACAAGUGGAAAACGUGAGACAAGUGCGGCAAGUGAGACACGUGCGAAAAAUGGUACACGUGGGAUAAGUGAGACACGUGGGAAACGUUCGAAAUAUGAGACAAGUUACGGUAGAAGUGGUACAAGUGACAGGCGUGGGACAAGUGCGACACGUGAAACUGGUGGGUUACGUAGGGCGAGUGCCGAGCGUGAUACAAGGGGGACAAGUGCGACACAUAGAUUAAGUGUGACAUAUGAAACAAGUGGGACACAUGAUAAAAGUGGGACAAGUGCGUCAUGUGGUGCAAAUGCGAUAUGUGGGACAAAAGAAACAGGCGCCAAGCGUGAUACAAGUCGGGCAAGUGCGACAGAUGAUACAAGUGACACGCGUGGGACGAGUGAUACAAGUUGGACAAAUGCAACACGCGAGAGAAGUCGGACGAGCGGGAAAUUUGCGACAAAUGUUUCAAGUGGAACACUUGGGUCAAGUGGGCCAGAUGGAAAAAGUGGAACAAGUGCGACACAUGAGACAAGUGGUACACUGGGUACAAGUGCGACACAUGGGACAUGUGAUAUUAGUGGGACAAAUGGUACAAGUGCGACACUAUGGAGAAGUGGUGACCUUUCAUGA